AUGGCAAUCGGAAGUGUAUUCUACAGAGGUGUUGUUUACUUGGAAUUCAAUGAUGAGGUGAAGCGUGCCAUAUUGCCGUCAACGAUAGCAAGUAUUGAUACUGUUCGAGCUUUGUUCUUGAGAUCAUUCUCACAGCUCACUUCACAAUAUCUCAGUCUACCGCACGUCAAGGUCUACAUCCAAGAACCGUCAAAAGGACAGUUGUUCUAUGAACUUGACGACUUGAGUGAUAUCAAAGAUCGUGCCGUUCUGAAACUUCGUGAACAAGGAAGUGGCUUUCAGUCACCUCAACCACCGGUCAGAUUCGGUGAGCCACAACAGCAACAGCAUUCCGGCCCACCCUCAUCACUGGACUAUUUGAGUGAAUCUGAUGCUGAGAUACUAGACUAUCGGAGCAGAACCCCACAAUCCUAUCGAAUGAGUAGUCUACGUCCGUCGAGUGCACUCGAUAAUCGGAUCUAUGGAAUUGGCCCACCACCCACUAAACCAUCAAGAUCUCCCGUACCGCCUCGUUUCGAUCCCUAUUAUGAUCCAUACGCAAGUGAUACAAGCAGUCAGGAUGCGCGCUCUGGCUCCGUGACACCAAUUAUUGAUAAGGAAGCAAGGUAUGGCAUUUAUUUUUCCAAAUCUUUUGGAUCACUCUCGAUCAACCAAUAA